AUGCUGCUUAACACUAGUCUAUAUGCAAAGGAAGCUGCAUUAAAAUGGAAACUACUUGAAUCAAAUGUUGGCUCAGAAAUAUCAACUUUACAAAGCUACAAAGACAACAUUUAUGCAGCAACUGCAGAUCAGAACCUACUAUCUUUCUGCCCGGAGGACCUGAGUAUUACCAACACUGUGGUGGGUAACAACGACGAGAUCCUUGCCCUGGUUCACCUGGGUAGCUCCGCCUCCUCCCCUAGCACACCCUCCUCCUCUCAUAUGGCCGUAGCCUGCAACUCUCCUUUCAUCCGCCUCUACAAGGUCCCUGAGUACACAUGUACUCUGUUACAUGGACAUAAAGAUACAGUACUCUGUCUGGCUGUUAGUACACAAGACCCUACGCUCCUAGCCUCAGGAGGAAAGGAUAGGGAGGUUAGAAUCUGGAGGUUGAAGGCUGACCUUCUUAGCUGCCUAGUAGUUGGGACAGGACACACGGAGGCUGUCCAGGGAAUAGUAUUCACCAACCUCGCAUCAACCUCACUAUACUCGGUCUCAAAGGAUACUACAGUUAAGUUUUGGAAUGUGAACUAUGAAGCCGGCCAAAUGUCAAGUUUAAGAACCGAAAUUGCACAUGAGAAGGAAAUAAACUGCUGUGAUGUUUCUCCUGGAGAUGAAAUGUUGGCAACAGGAAGCCAGGAUAAAACAUGCAAACUCUGGGACAAGAAUUUAACCCUCACAGUAACCCUCCGGGGGCACAAGCGAGGUAUCUGGUGUGUUCGGUUCAGCCCGGCCGACCGACUUCUUGCGACCGGAAGUGCGGACGGGUUGAUCAAGCUCUGGUCCUUGACGGAGAACGUGUGCGUGAAGCAGCUGGAGGGACAUGAUUGUUCAGUGCUUAGUCUAGUUUGGAUAAAUGAUCAGCAAAUCGCCAGCUCGGCAACAGACGGACUUAUCAAGAUAUGGUUGGUGAGUAAACAGGAAUGUGUGACAACACUUGAACAGCAUGAGGAAAAAGUGUGGACAAUUACCUCAUUAAAACAGGAUGGAGUUUUGAAUCUAGUUUCUGGAUCAGCUGAUGGUCAACUGAUAACCUGGCGGGAUAUAACAGAAUCAGCUGCUCUUCUCAAACAGGUUGCUGCUGAAAAGAUCGUGUUAAGUCAACAAAAGCUUUCAAACCUUCUUGCAUCGAAACAGUUCGGACAAGCUCUCAAACUUGCGUUAAGAUUGAGUCAACCAUUUACAGCACUGAAGAUCUUGAAGAAGUUGAAUAUGGAGGAGAUGGAAAAGGCUGUUCUGAGUUUGGAUAACGCGAGUAUAGAUCAGUUGUUAGGUUACACAGUAAAAUGGAACACGAACAGUAAGCACUGUGAAGCUGCUCAGUCUGCUCUCUUCAUUAUCCUAUCUAACUAUCUUCCUGAUGAUCUAUUAAAACUGUCUGGGAGCAGGGAUUGGGUUGAAGGACUUCUGCCCUACACAGAGAAACAUUUCCAGAGACUUUCUAGGCUUCAAAUGAAAUCCAAAUUCACAACAUUUCUAAUUUCUAAUAUAAAAGCUACCGCUAUACCUCAGCAAGAAAACGAACUUUAAUACAAAUUAUUUUUUAGAAUAUUUUUUCAGAA